AUGAAGCUCCUCGGAUUGAUCGCUGCUCUUGCUACGCUCGCGUUGGCUGUGCCACAGCCCGUCCAACACAGCUCUGGCGUACCAACUGGCAACGUCCUCAGCAAGCGGGCCACUUUCUGCGGACCACAAGAGUACCUCGAAACAUUCUGGUUCCUGGUCCAAAAUGGGAUCUCGGAAGCAGCCCCUGACGACGGCUCCCAGUGCGUUACUGUCGUGGGUCAGUUCGACUCACUGCUAAGGUGGUCCACGUCCUUCACGUGGAAUGGCGCCUCGUCGACGCCCAGGUCCUACUCGCGCGCCGAUCGCUGGAGGUUCCAAGUGGCCUCUUUGUCCGAAUUCCAUUCCCUCACGACCAACUGGAAGUGGAGUUACACUGGCUCCGAUGUCAAAGCCGCAGUCCUCUUCGAUAUCACUGGGGGCGGUAACGGUGCGCCGCUGUCAGGCUCAUCCUGUCGAACCGCGACUCCAGACUGGAGUCUCCAGGUAUGGCUCGGCAAGUACGGCGACAUUGCCCCUACCAGCACCACCAGCUCACCGACCAAUAUCGCCAACAUUGGCAGCCACGCAUUCGACGUCUACAAGGGGACCAAGUCCAGCCUCACAGCGUACACCUUUGUAGCCAACACGACAGUGACCGAUUACAGGGGCGAUGCCGUCGACUUUGUCCGGUGGCUCGUCGCCAACGAGGGCUACACAAACAGCACUUGUGUCCUCUCCUUUUCCGCCGGUACAGAGAUCUUCGAGGGGACGGAUGCCACAUUCAACACCGCCCAGCUAUCUGCCGAGCAGUUCAUCCGCCCAGUUGCUGAGCCAGUUCCUCCCAUCUCGACGACGAGGACGACGACGUACGUCCCGACGCCGACGCCGACUGCAACUUGCUGGAAGCACCUGCACUUUCUAUAA